GGGAACCGUCCGCACGUCGUCGUCGUCGUCGUCGCCGCGCGUUUGUGAUUCCCUGUUUUCUGUCGUCCCGUUAUUCCCGCUGCAGUGCUAAUUAGGUCAUUAGCUAUUCAGCCGCAACCAGUGUGAAAGUAACUAACUUACAACCCGUGGAUUGACUGCUGAUUGAGUACAGCCUACUGUGCGUGUUUGUGAGGACAGGAGACUGGGUGUGUGUUAUGCUACGCAACCAAAUCGGUUUAGUAGGCUUUCAUUGACCAAGCGGAACAAGAACGCUGGCCAGCAGCACAAGAAAGCAAAUCGGAAUUCUCAAUCUCAAUUAGUGCGUGUUAGUGUUGGUUUCGAUCUGUCCGCCCGAUACGGCUGAUACUCGCUAAUCGCUUUCCAAACGACUCAACAACAACAACAACAACAACAGCAAAAACGACAGCAGCAGCAGCAGUACUGCCUGGCGGUGAUGCGAAGAGCAAAAACUGUGGCGCUCUCGCAACUGAUUGCACCGGCGGCUAAACGAUGGAGACGCCAUUCGAGAAGCAGGCGAUAGACACAAUCGUCCGCCGUGCGUAGUAGCCGACGUUCGAUGUUCGCGCGCGCAUGUUCGAUUUCCGGAAGCGGUGAAAGUGAUUAGUGUUCUCGUUCGGUGUGGACAUCUCAUACCCCUUAAGCGCGAUUCUAACCCGUAUUUCAGUGUGAUCCCCGCGUGUGAGCGUGUGUAUUUUCGGGUGCGUGUGCGUGUGCUAGUGGCUAAGUGGAAGUGUGAAGUGAAACCAAAAAAAAAGGGAAGGAAGAGCGAAAUAAUAAUAAACAUCCGGGAGGUUUUUGUUGUUUGGCAGCAAAUUCGCGAUUAACGACGAUCCACCGUAGCACCGUGCUUCAGGAUCCGGCUUGUGUUAGUCUUGCGAAGAAAAAGGCGACGCGACGCGAACAAUCAACAAUCAGAGAGUGCUAGGCAUCGGACCGGCAAAACGAGUGAAACUGCUAACUAGCGGCACCUAGCAGCGGGAGAACAAAGUAGUCCGGUUAGGUUGGUUCGCGGAUGAUGGCAGCCGGCAGCAGAAGCAGCAGCAACGCAAUGGCACAACAACAGCCAAGUUCGUCCGCCAGGCGUCGGCAUCAAGCACAUCCGGUGGUGGCCAUUAGCAGCAGCAGCAGCACGAUGCCGGUGGUGACCAGUGGCCGCAACAAGCGUGACACUUUGAAAAACAACAUCAACAACAACAGUAGCAUCAGUGGCAGCAGUAGCUCCCGUGGUGAUCGCCACAAAAUCGGCCGCUUGCACCGUGCCCCCCAGCCACAGCCACAGCAACACCAGCCCGGUACCGGCAUCCCGCGAGAUCUGGCCGAUGGUGGCAAGUGGGGCAAGUGGUGUGACUGGCCGACCGUUCCCGGUAUGAUCACCUGCGACACCGAUAGCGGUGACCUUCUUCAUUCGCGCCGCAACGUCCAUCGAAGCCAACGAGGCGCAGUUAAUUGCUUUCCACGAUUUAUUUUCCUUCGCCACAUUUUCCUGCUGCUGCUCGUCGUCGUUGUCAGCAGUCUGCUGGUGUCAACGACAGAUGCGGUCAUCUCCAGCCGUGGCAGCAGCGGUAGCGGUGGCAGCAGCAGUAAGGGCAACUCGGCACCAAGCAACGGACUAGUGCCGCGGUUUAUCUCGCGGGGACACACCUACCGGGCGGUCGUCGGCGAUACGCUGGUGCUUCCGUGUGAAGUGGAAAACUUGGGUACGCUGGUGUUGCUCUGGCGGCGAGGAUCGAAUGUGCUAACCGCCUCGCAGCUGAUGGUAACGCGAGACGAGCGGAUACGGCUUGUCAACGGCUACAAUCUGGAAAUCUCCGAGCUGGAACCGCAGGAUGCCGGUGACUACGUCUGUCAGAUCAGCGACAAGGUCAACAAGGACCAGGUGCACACGGUGGAAAUUCUCGUUCCACCGAGUGUCCGAGCAAUCCCACCGACCGGACAGGUGACAGCUCGCAAGGGUGGCGCCGUCACGCUGGAAUGUAAAGCGUCCGGUAAUCCGGUUCCAUCCAUCUACUGGACCAAACGCACCGGUAUGGGUAAAUCGGCGUCCAAGAUUGGCGAAGGUCCGGUCCUGUCACUGGAGCGCGUCGAACGGCAGCAGGCCGGCGUGUAUCAGUGUACCGCGGACAACAGUGUCGGCGAUCCGGUCACCGUGGACAUGCGGCUCGAUGUUUUAUAUCCGCCCGAUAUCAGCGUGGAAAAAUCGUGGAUUCAUUCCGGGGAAGGUUUCGAGGCACAACUGGAAUGUAUCGUGCAUGCCGAUCCGCAACCAACGGUCUCCUGGAAUCAGAACUCAUUUCCGCUGCAGCCAACUGACCGGCGUUCGAUGUCGUCCCGGGGAAAUCGCCACACGCUCACCAUUCGCCAUGUGCAGCAGGAGGACUUUGGCAACUACAGCUGUGUGGCGGACAAUUCGCUCGGACGGUCCAAGAAGUACAUGGAGGUCUCGGGACGUCCGGGUCCGGCCGAUUUCUUGUCACCACCGUGGAGCCGCUCGACCGAUAGCUUCAAUCUAACCUGGAAGGUCGAAAGCUAUCCACCGUUGCAGGAAGUUCGGUUGCUCUACCGGAAGCUCAUGAUGAAUGAAACGUUCCAGCAACCGGGCAGAUGGAAUGACGUCAUCCUGACACCGACACCGAGGCCUCCCUCCGAACCGCUGACCCACGUGAUGGCGUUCACGUUGCGCGGUCUUCAGCAUAGCUCCGUGUACGAGGCCAUCGUACAGGCGAAGAAUCGUUACGGCUGGAAUGAGGUGAGCGACAUCUUCCAGUUCUACACGCAACGAAUCUCGUCCGAUACGCACUCGGAGGAGAUGCAGGUGGCCAGCUCGACAUCGCGAAGUGGAGCGACCUCUUUACACCGAACACCACCGCUCACCGGCUGGCCCUGGACGCUAAUGGCCACCGUGCUCUCGCUGUUGGCACCGUUCGUCGGGACAUCCUGGGGAUUUGUUGCUGGUACGCAGACGAUGUCGCAGCCCCUCGGUUAAGACCGAGCUACCGUUGGUGUGAUAGUAGCUACCCUCCUCUGCACUUCCCUCUGCAACACCACCAUCAUCCUUCCUCCUCCUAUCACGAGUUUGCUCAACGUUAUCACCGCUUGUGCGGAGCGCCGAAGGGUCACUCGCAAGUGGCAGCUCAAGACACUUCCCCCCCCCCCCCCUUUUCGGUAUCCACGGCCAGGGAAAUCCUGGGCUGCUGGAGUACGGUAGUAAGGUUAUUGCAGCAACCAGCAAGCCAGACAAGAAACCAUGGAAACCACAGUAGGAUCGUGUAGUUGUAGUUGCUGCAGAUUGUGAUGAGGUUAUCACUUCUUUCUGCUUAUGUUCCAUACGGGUUUUUCGUUCAAAUGCAUGUGUAGGUUCCCGUUCAGCUAGGCGUUGAGGACCCGCUUGUACAGUUCAUCGAUUCGCAGGAUCCGGAAGGCAGUUCAAUAGCAUCCUUCCUCCCUUUCUGCAUAGCCAGUUUCAGUCGCGCGGUUCACUGGCAAACUGGCACCUUUCCGAUGUAUUCCCCUCCCGAGCAGCUGCGUCUGGUGUUGGUACUAACGGAAGAUACGGAUGUGAUUACCAACCAAACCGAGCGCUUAAGACACUUUGCCCGUUGGAUGCCACGCAAUGAGCUCCAGUGUCCAGAAUGGUUGGGUACUUUUAUACCAGUAAACGUACUGGAAUACAUUAUUAUAUGCCAAAGAGAGAGACAGAAAGAGAGAAAUUCAAGAAAAUGCAUCCCAACAUACGACAGCAGCAGCAACAGGCAGGCUUGGGGGGGAGGUAGCGUUUUAAGGGAGGCGUUAUCGUUUGUAUAGGUGUAUAUGUGUGACUGUCGCUCCUUUCCUUUCCAUUUUUGGCUUCGUCAAUCCCCCCUUCCCCUUCCUGUCUAUCGCUUGAUCUAGGCCUGUGAGAGAUCCGGAUGUCAACCUCCAACUCACUCAUCCACUGAGGGCUUGAUCUCCAUAGUGUAAAUAGCUAAAUCCUGCGCCCUGAAGUUUAGAGAGAGAGAGAGGUGAAUGAGGGAAGGGGGUCUCGAAAAUAGAAAACAAAUCUGAAGGCGGUAGGCCGGUGGGGCGCGAUUUCAGUGAACGAUGAAUUAAACAUAAACCGAGGGCUGGAGACCGCAGUAGACUUCGCCCUUUCUCUCUCUCUCUCUCUCGGCCACCCCGUCAAAAAACAGCUGUAAACGUCACGACAAGCGGCCUCAUGGUGCCAGCGGUGCGCCACGUUCGCCAACGGGGGACGCUUGUAAUUGUCACUCCCGAGACCGAGGGUCUCCCCCCCCCCUCCCCCCCUCUUAGAUGAUCGCUAUUCAGUUUGUCAGUUUUUAGGGAGAGAGGUGGGAGUCCCACACCCGCUCGGUCGGUUGGAAAGUUUUCAUUUUGCAUGUGCCACCACCCCCAGGCCAGCGCUUAAGUGGGUGGCACGCCGCGCGUUGUCUGCGUGUUUGUUGUCGGCGUCGUUGUUGUCGUUGUCGUUGCCGUUGGUGGCUGCUGUUGCUGUAUCAUUCCCCGCGGAGUCUCCGGAUGUUGUGACAGUCGAAGGCGGGCCGUGAGGCAGAUGUCACCGAGUAGACCCUUCGCGCGGCCCAAAAACCUCGGUUGUCGGCUUCAUUACCAAUUCAACAGAACGGGCAACGGGCGGUGAGAGAGAGAGAGAGAGAGAGAGAGAGAGAGAGGGUGUUCCGAGGAUCUCUAUCCGCUAUCCUACCGGGCGCUACAUCGUCUCGGGGGGGGGCGGAAUGGCAAUGGCGGUCGGCAACUCAAGUGAGCGACACACACCCACACCCACACACUAAUAUUUAGAUAAAGUCUUAAGCAAAUUAAAAUCAAUUCCAGCCAGAUCCCUUGCGUGAUCAACCACGACCCCCUCGAUGUUGGUCUGACGCAAAAGCGGCAGUCGCGUCACUGUCACUGUCAUCAUCAUCCGCGGCCAGAACCGUGCCAGGGCCAGGACCAGGGCUUGUGAUGAGAACAGUGACACAUGGCACCCCCACCCCACGACAGCGCCACGGCAGCAAAGUCUUUUGUAAAUAAAUUUUAACCAUUGUUUUGAUUAUCAAAAAGUCAACUUGAACCGCCCUCGCGCCCGCAAGUGCGUCACAAAAUGGCGCCCACACCAACCACCACCACCACCACGAACACCACUCUCGAGAGCUCGAGAGCUGGCCGGUUCGCUUUUCACUUUGGAAUUUUCGUGGAAAAUGGAAACUUUCGCACCAGCAUGCCACAGAGCGCGCCUGGUGGCUUGGUGUUGUUACACCGCACACCAACGCCCCUGUCCUUCUGUUGCCGAUGAUGAUCAAUGAUGCCGCUGAGGAGGAGUAGGCGGUGGUGGUGGAGGUUUGAUAAAGUUAUGAUACACAUUCCAGAAAACUCUGCCAGCGGUGUAGCGGCAGUGUUUUGACCAAAACACAACAACACGCGGUCCCCUGGGUAGCUCUCGGUCUUCUUCUCUUCCUCCAUUUCCCCUUCCUGGUUAUUGUUUCCCCUCGCAGGGGUCCAGUCUAGCCCAAUGACGGCUCCUGGUCCUGCGAUCCACCAAGGAAUCAAUUAAUGUACGCAAAUAAACAAACAAUGCGCCCUCAACCUUCCGCCACCGCACGCACCAAAAAGUUGUGACGACGAAGUAAUUGAAACAUCACCCGAACCCGCGCAGGAGCAGGGGAACGGCGACGGGGAGCGUUGCUGUAAUAGAAAUGGAAAUGCUGCUCAUCCCUGGCCUCCACCUGGACGGCCGACCGGCCGGUCCUGCUGCUAUCGCAUAUCGCUCUGUCUCUGGGUCCCUUUUUUCCUCGCAAGAUAAGGGAAAGCCUCGAAUUUUCUUCUCAAUUUUCUGCUGCGGCCGCCUGGAAUUUGGUUUGGCACAAAAACACUUUCCAUUUACCACUUUUGGGACAUUUUUCGGAAGCAGCAGCAGCAGCGCCUCGAUGGUUUAAAUGGCGGGGUUCACUUCUUGCGAGGAGGCAAGCAAAAAAGGCUCCUCGAAGCACGGUAGGCGGCGACUUUAAGCGGCCCUUCAGCAAAGACACGCUGCCAUGGCGGAAUCCCGGAAUUAACAAACUAGGAACUGGGUUCCAAAUUUUCCGAUCCCCGUGCCCCUCCGUCCAUCUGCUUCCUUGCGCAACAAAAACCACAAACACCGGACGCGCUGCACGCCUUUUAAAGUGUUGGGUCAGUGUUUGCAGAGUUUGGCAGUGUGGGCAGUGCUGGAAUUGUCCCUUUUUUCUUUGAGGGUUCAGGAGGGGUUGUACAUAGGAGAGGAAAAUAGGUUCUGGAGCUGGUCCCUUGGAAUGAGAUUAGUGAAGAUUGCUUCCGCAUUGUGUGUCGCUCGCUCGCCGCCGGUGACGAUGACGAUGAUGAUGAGGAUGCUGUCUGCUCUUCAAGUUCGCUGGCGCUUGCGUUGAAGCCAUUCUGGCGUGAUUACGACGAAGCGAUGUGCUGAACCUUUUGUCCUGAACCUUGGCAUGUACGGGAAGUCCGUCGAUGACUCGAUCGCACUCCGGGCAGACUCCGGAACUUUCCGUGCCCGAUGCCCGGCCCACUGGAAACGUGGCAUUUGCCCCAAAAGAAGAAAACGGAUUCGAAUGCGGAAGGAAAAACUCUCUUUUCUCACUUCCCUUUGAUGCUGGCAUGAUGCUGGCCCACCCUGGGAUGAGGCUAUACACUCUCUCUCUCUCUCUCUCUCUCUCUCUCUCUCUCUCUCUCUCUUUCGUUCUCUCUCGCUCUCUCCACCAACUCACCACAACCACCGCAACCCCAAAACACGCCGAAAUAUGUGUAGGAAGAGAAAAAAGGGCGGGGAGAGUCUGGCUGGUUGUGGUAUUAAAAGUUUUCAGGGUUUUUUGGUCUAUAAACUUCCGUCUCGAUAUUAUCUUUCGUUGGCCUCGGCACCCGAAUGGCUUACAUUCCGGGUCCUUCGCCUCACUUCGUUACCACCGACCACCGAUCUUUUGUGACGCUUUUUUCCUUGGGAUUUUCCUGCAUGGCAAAGCUCAUCCUCAGAUCGUCACAACGAGGAAAACGAUUCCACGGAACCGAAAGGGUUUGACAUGCGAAGGGCGAAGCGCCGGUAAGGAGAAGUAGUGCAUGAAAAUCGAGCUACGGCGCAAAGCAACCUCCACCAAGAACAACUCGCCACAAAAAAAAACCCUCUUCUUUCAUUUCUGGAACCAAAGAGCGAGGAUGAGCAAACCGUUGUCGAGGUGUCGUCGCUUGUGUUGGAGGAGGUGCUCGCCGAAGCUCUUCCCGAAAGUUCAAUCGCGGGACAAUCGCUGGAUCCACCCGGACAUAGAAUAAAAGGACGAGCGUGUGGAGUGAGCGAGCAAAAGGGGGAAAGGCACACAAAAAAAACUCGUUGAAUAAAUGGGAAAAUGAAUGAAGGACAGGCAACACUCUCACCACCGAUGCACUGAAGCGCAAAUAAGCCCCGCGCGAAGGUCCGGAGAAGGACUCUCCGCUGCUGCACACCAUUCCAAUGCACAUUCUCCAUUUGCAGUGUGCAAUUUCGAUCUAUUAAAACCUCAAUCUCGCCAGUGAAACGUUCCCCGUUUCCUCUGCGAAGGGUGGAAUUAAUCAGGAUUGAAAAGCAAAAGUAGAAUUUGCAUCCGUCGUCGUCGUCGUCGUCGUCGUCUAUCUGGCACUUUGGGUUUGGAUUUUGGUUUUCAGUACUCUCUAUCCUUCGUGCUACAUCCAUCCUCCCUCCUCCCUUUAAAAGAACCCCCAUGCUCCUUCCAUUUUGUCGUGGCUACCGAAAAAAAACAAUCACCUGGAACGCUGGAACCAGGCGACCACAGAACGAUGGUGUUAGUGGUGGUGAUGGUGAUUGUGGCAGUAGUUGUGGUGGUGGUGGUGGUGGAUUGUGUAAAUUUUUAAGAAUUAAAAUAAGAAAAAAAAACUAGGAUAAAAUGGUCUGUUAUCGACGUGCAUUUGUCAAACUGCUUACAAAACACACAAUCUCCCACACAUACGUACACACAUAUGCAUUAACGUUAAGAUAAACAGGACGUAAAAAGAUUGCGAGAGAGAGAUCCUUCGUCCGGAUUAUUCUGUAAAUAGGCACCGUAAUAGCGUAAUUGAGAUUUCCUUCCCCCACCCCGGAUUCGUCGCAUAUUUGCACCGUUUUUGAGCACCGCAACUCGCACAUACAUACACCCACACACGUACACGCAUCCUCCAUGAUCAUUACAAAGCACGGACACACAUAAAUGUGCGAGAUAACCAUUAGCGCGAUCCUCACCCUCCCAUUAACUCGAUCUCGAUCACUUUCCGCCUCGCUCUCUGUCUGCCUUCACACCUCUCUUUCACUAUCGCUGCGUCUAUACCAUUUAGAUACGAUCCUCCAGCAGGCCAGGCCAGGCCAGGCUAGGCCAGGGCAGGCGAUCGAGGCGAUGCUGACCGAAAAAUGGCGGCCACUCGAUUUAAAGAAGACUUUUAAUAUAAAUAAUUAUGGAUGUACCUUUGAGCGUAAUGUGUAACAGUAGGCUAUGGAGAUAAUGAGAUCAGGAGAAGGAAGGUUAUGAGGAGAGAGAGAAAAAAGAGAAAAUGAGAGAGCAACCGCGCGAAGAUGGCUUCGGCAAAGUUUGGGAGUUCGAUUGCCCCACCACCCUCCCACCCUUCACCCUUAGCUAAAGCUCGUGUCCGCGAAGGGGUGUGGCGCGUAGAUAAAAAUCGCAUCAACGCAUCAACCUGUAAGCAUGUACCACUUAAGCAGUGAAAGUAAAGUAUGUAGCAAUAGCAAAAGAAAAAGAAGAAGAAAAAGGAAAAUCUCAUUACCCCCUUUCACAAUCACAUCUGUAGCGUCCAGAAAGGAGGGGAAAAGAUGCGAAAGGGCGGUGAGUGGGUGUACUUAAUGAGACUCAAGCAGCAAACUGAAAGCAGAAAUGAUUGACAAACUUCUCGCUAACACAAACUGACACAAACUUUGUCUCAGUCAUCGGUACCGAGCGAAAAAAAAAACGAGUGCCAGAUUAAACAUUGGCAUUUGUGUGGUUAAAAGUUGGCAGAAAAGAAACAACAGCAACAACAGGCAAAAAAGCAUCUCCCCUUCCCCCUACCCCCCCCCCCCCCCACACGGUAUUCUUAAGAAAGCAUUAGAAUGUAAGUUAUGGUAAAACGGGGGAAAAACAGUCUUAGCAUAAGAGGAUGUUCGUCAAACAAACAAACACAAAACAAGCAAGCAAGCAGCAAUCACACAUCAACAAAAAAAAAACGAGAAGGCGAAGCGCAAACAACACACAGUUCCAGUUUCACGACAGUCAAACACACAUACAAACAAACACACAUACAUAAACAAACUGAUAUGAAGAUGGCAAAUGCCCAGAAAGAUCGACUGGAGCGGUGAGGUGAGGUGGUAGAACAUGAAACGUAAAAGCUGCUAAAUGAGCAAGCAAACAGAUCACUGUGCGGGACGGGGAGGGAGUGAGGCAGCCCACGAGAAGAACCGCAAGAUGGUACGCCCCCGCCCGCAACCACCCCGUUGUAUGAUUACUGUAACAGUCAAAAAAUUCGGAAAAUAAA